AUGCCUCAUCACGCACCCGCUGGGAAUUAUUACCUCAAGUUCGACCUCGCCGCGCCAGAGGGGUGGACCUAUGCACCCGGCGAUACCAUCAUCGGCAACCUAGUGCGCAAAACGCAAAUUGUCACACCGGAGGCGGUCAUAACGCUCUCCUUUACAGGCCGUGUGAAAGUGAAAAUCACUCAUGCUGCUGGGAACUCAAAGCAUGUUUAUCGCGACAGCUGGGAGCUUCUGAACUCUGAAUCCGUCAUCUUCCAGGGGCCUUUGCAUCUGGCCGCUGAAGACGGUGAUUUAUUUGCCAAAUCGCCGCUUACCUGGCCCAUCUCUGUGGAUAUCCCAUACAAGCCUAAGCCUAUUCCACGCGGAAAAGUCCACAACAGUUUCUUUCCGCGGGACAACCCAGGCCACCCAGGUUACCGCACCUUGCCCGGAUCCUUUCAUUCUGAAGGUCAAGUUUAUGGUUCUUGGUGGGCUUGUUAUGUUGAGUACUACCUCAGAGCUCGUCUUCGAUAUAACUUCGGUGGGGUUGCGCAUUCUCACGAAGCCGUUUGCCCAAUUUUGGUCCGUUACCCAGCAGCGGAGAGCAGCCAGCUCAGCGUGCCAAAGACGUUGAGGGGCAAUUUUCUAAGGCGUGUCACCAGCCAGCGACUGUUUCCCGGAAUGGAAAAUGCAGAGUUGUCGGUCAAGCAGCACGUGCAGAAAUUCUUCUAUUCAUCGAAACUGCCGAGCUUUAACUACGCCCUCCACCUCACGGUCCCGGCGGCUAUUCAACUAGACAAUCCAAUCCCCAUUCCCCUGCAAGUCGAGGUCGUGCCUGACCUCGCAGGAACCAGUGGCAGCAUCAAAGAUGUCGCGCAAAGGAUUCGGGUCGUGGAAAUCCAAGCCAUCCUCAUCAGCCGGACACAUGGUCUUGCAUUGAGCAAAGUCCGGGAAUCUCCACGCGACUACAAGUAUGAGCAAAAGACCGAUCUGAACCUGCAACGCGCCUUCGCGGCAUUGGAGUCUCCGCUUAUUAUCACGACAGGAAAGGGAAAUGAGCCGGUCCACGUCGGCAAUAUGUUCCAGUUGACACUUGGUUCACAGGGCCUCCGAACCGGAAACCGGAGGCUCCAUCCGUCGUGGAAGAAGGGCCUGUCCCAAAUCUACCCCGAUUUCACAACCUACAACAUCCAGCAUAAGCACACAAUAGAGUGGAAGAUUCGUGUGAAUAUUGUGGGAGAGCCCCAGGAGCACAACUAUUUCGCGCAGACGGAGAUUAUUGCUCCGGCGUAG